AAAAAAAUGAAUUGAGAACAUUCGGUGGACCGACCCGUAUGAAGAGGAUCCUUUUUAAAAAAAAUCAAAGAGUGAGAAAACGGGUGGGGUAGUCCUAAACCAAAAAGACUAUCGAUCAAUCGAAGAAUCAUUUGACUCUGCAACAUUCGGAGAUCACGAGAAGAUGGCGGUGAUGGGGAAACUGAGGAUGUUCGUGGCGCAGGAGCCUGUUGUCGCCGCCUCUUGCUUAAUCGGUGGUUUUGGACUCUUUCUGCCUGCUGUUGUGAGGCCUAUUCUUGAUUCUCUUGAGGCUUCCAAGCAAGUCAAAGCACCUCCUCUUACCCAUGUUAUUGCUGGUGUCACAGGGAAGAAACAGACCUAAUCAUAAGCAAUAAAAUUUUUCCCCUGUUUUCUUACAAGAACAUCCAUAUUCCUUUUAGUUUUUAACAUUUUUUUAUAAAAUAAGCCAAACUAUGCUUUUUUUUGUUUGUUCUGAGACUUACAUAAAGGCAUGUGUGUAUGUACGCUUUUUGUUUAUCCUUUUUAUCAGAUGUAUUCAUUUCUAAUGAUAAAGCGAAAGCUUGAAAUUUUCGUUCACAUGGCUCAUGAGUAUCACAGAGACUAGUUUUACAUUAUGAUGAUACUGCUAGUCUUACAUACACUCUUAGUAGCUCUUUUUACAUCAACUUGAUCCUCAAUAUAGAUAAAGAAGAUGAUUAGUACUCGUCUUUGUAAUGCAGUUGAAAAUAUGCUCAAAGACUUUUAGCUUCUCAGCUUCUUGUUCUUCCGUGGCAUUGCUUGCUUCAAUCCCUUACACAAAGCUCCCUGCAUUUCUCCAACCAAACCUAGUAAUUAAAAGACAAGACUUGGAAGAGACGAAUUCACGAAGAAUAACCCUAAAACAAUUACUAUACCCAAAAGUGAGAUAGUUUUACAGAGCCACCAUCAUGUAAGCUCCCUGAUCUAGUAAACUUCAUGAUCUUCAUGUUGUUGUUGAUCUCACCUGCUCUCUCCUUCUCAGACAGAAAGACAUAACUUCCCCUCAUAACAACCUCUCCUCUCCCUUUCCUCCUCAGGAACCCCCCAAAGAGCCCAUGUUUCCUCUCAGGCAAGGGCAAUUCACCAGGAAGGAGCAAGCGUGGUGGCAGAUCAAGACAUUUAGGGUAAGAAAGAGGAAGAAGAGGGUCCUUGGGCUUGCCUGGUUGUUCUUCCCAGCAAAACGGAACAGAAGCAAGAGUGUGAAUAGGAGAAGCAAACACUCGUGGACUUGCAGGUGAUGAAGAGUACAACAAUGAUCUUGACUUUGUAGCUAACACAAGCGCCAGCUUCUCUUUUUCCUUUUCUUCUCCCAUCUGUUUGGUUUACUCAGUUUCUUCCUUCUUCAACCAAAGUCUGUCUCUGUUU